AUGGCCGGCUGGACGGGGGUCGCAGCUCUCCUGCUGGUCCUGCUGGUCCUGCUGGACCCUCGGGCCGCCGCCGCCGACCGGUCUCUCCGCCACCGCGGCGCGAGGCGCCAAACCCACCGGGCGCUCCAGAACAUCACGCUGGCCGUCAUCCUGCCGCGCAGCAACACGGACUACCCGUGGGCGUGGCCUCGCAUCGGCCCCGCCCUGCGGCGGGCCGUCGACGCCGUCAACGCCGACCCCGCCUUGCUGCCCGACCACCACCUGGCCUACGUCUUCAAGAACAGCGAGGACAAGGACGGCAUCUGCUCCGAGUCCAUCGCGCCGCUCAUGGCCGUGGACCUGAAGCUGGCCUACGACCCGUGGGCCUUCAUCGGGCCCGGCUGCUCCUACACCUCGUCCCCCGUGGGCCUCUUCACCACCCACUGGGACGUCCCCAUGGUAACGGCGGGCGCCCCGGCCGUCGCCUUCUACGGCGGCAUCUACCCGUCCAUCACCAACACGGGCCCCACCCACAAGAAGCUGGGGAGGUUCGCCCUGCGCAUCUGCGAGCACUUCGGCUGGCGGGAGCACGCCAUGCUGAUGUUCAGCGACAACAAGCUGGACGACCGGCCGUGCUACUUCGCCGUGGAGGGUCUGUUCACGGAGCUGAAGAGCGUCAACAUCACCACCGUGGACAGCGUGUUCGACGAGAACAAGCUGCCCCUCAACUACUCACACAUCCUCUCCGACGUCCAGAACAACGGCCGAGUGAUGUUUGUCUGCUGCUCGCCCGACAUCUUCAGGAAGUUGAUGGUUGAGUUCCGGCAGGCCGAUCUCCCCCACGAGCAAUACGUCUUCUUCUACAUCGACGUGUUCGGGGACAGUCUGAACUCCCGACGCGGGCAGCCGUGGGCGCGCGGGGACGAGGACGACGCCGUGGCCAGGGAGGCCUUCCAGAGUGUAAAGAUCUUGACGUACAGAGAACCGCAGAACCACGAGUACCGACAGUUUGUCUCCGACCUGAAGACCGACGCCAAGAAGAUGUUCAACUACACCGUCGAGGACUCACUGAUGAACAUCAUCGCCGGAGGGUUCUACGACGGUUUGAUGCUCUACACGCACGCUCUGAACGAGACCAUGGCGGAGUCCGCCGGCCGGCCGCCAGGGACCGUCGUCACCAAGAGGAUGUGGAACCGGACCUUCCACGGUGUCACCGGACUCGUUCACCUGGACGAGAACGGAGACCGAGAGACGGACUUCGCUCUGUGGGACAUGACCGACACCAACAGCAGCGCCUUCCAGAUAGUUCUGGUGUACAACAGUUCGGAGGAGCAGCUGACGGCCAUACCUGGAGCCACGCCGCUCUGGCUGGGGGGGGUCUGCCCCCCCGACGUGCCCGUCUGUGGCUUCAAGAACGACAACCCGGUCUGCCUCGCGAAGACGGUCACCAUCCACCAGAUGGUUUCCAUCGUGGUCUUCUUCAUCUUCGCGAUGACCCUCACCAUCACCAUCUUCAUCUACAGGAAGAUGAAGUUGGAGAAGGAGCUGGUGGCUCAGCUCUGGAGGAUGUCCUGGGACGACAUCCAGAUGAGCAACAUGGACAAGGUGCUCCGCAGCGGCAGCAGGAUCACACUGUCCCUGAGAGGAUCAAACUACGGCUCCCUGAUGACCGGAGAUGGGAACCUGCAGGUCUUUGCCAAGACGGGUUACUACAAGGGAAACAUCGUCGCCAUUAAAUACACCAACAAGAAACGCAUCGAGCUGAACAGGGAGGUCCUGUUUGAACUCAAACAUAUGAGAGACGUUCAGAACGAACAUCUGACCCGGUUCAUCGGAGCCUGCAUCGAUCCUCCAGACACCUGCAUCAUCACAGAGUACUGUCCUCGAGGGAGUCUGCAGGACAUUUUGGAGAACGACAGCAUCACUCUGGACUGGAUGUUUAAAUAUUCUCUCAUCAACGACAUCGUCAAGGGCAUGCUGUUCCUCCACAACAGCGUCAUCUUGUCUCACGGUAAACUGAAGUCGUCCAACUGUGUCGUCGACAACCGCUUCGUCCUGAAGAUCACCGACUACGGUUUGUCCAGCUUCAGGACGCAGGGCGACGCGGAGAAGGACGCCCACGCCUACUACGCCCAGAGGUUGUGGAUGGCUCCGGAGCUGCUCCGGAUGGAGGCUCCUCCCCCUCAGGGAACUCAGAAAGGAGACGUCUACAGCUUCGGCAUCGUCCUCCAGGAGGUGGCGCUGCGCCGAGGAGCCUUUUUCUUGGAGGGAAACCCACUCAGCCCCAAAGAGGUCGUGGACCGGGUGGUUCUGGGCGAGUGGCCCUGCCUCAGACCCACCGUCGACCCCCAGGCUCACAGCCCCGAGCUGGGCCAGCUGAUGCAGCGCUGCUGGGCCGAGGAGCCGACGGAGAGGCCGGAGUUCAACCACAUCCGCCUGCUGCUGCGCAAGCAGAACAAAGAGUCCAGGACCAACAUCCUGGACAACCUCUUGUCCAGGAUGGAGCAAUACGCCAACAACCUGGAGGAGCUGGUGGAGGAGCGGACUCAGGCCUACCAUGAGGAGAAGCGUAAGGCGGAGGCCCUGCUGUACCAGAUACUACCACACUCGGUGGCGGAGCAGCUGAAGCGCGGCGAGACGGUUCAGGCCGAGGCCUUCGACUCCGUCACCAUCUACUUCAGCGACAUCGUGGGCUUCACCGCCAUCUCGGCCGAGAGCACGCCGAUGCAGGUCGUGACCUUCCUGAACGACCUCUACACCUGCUUCGACGCCAUCAUCGACAACUUCGACGUUUACAAGGUGGAGACCAUCGGCGACGCCUACAUGGUGGUGUCGGGGCUGCCGGGCAGGAACGGCCAGCUGCACGGCCGGGAGAUCGCCCGCAUGGCGCUCGCCCUGCUGGACGCCGUGCGCACCUUCAAGAUCUGCCACCGGGCGGAGCAGCAGCUGAAGCUGAGGAUCGGCAUCCACAGCGGCCCGGUGUGUGCCGGCGUGGUGGGCCUGAAGAUGCCCCGGUACUGCCUGUUCGGAGACACCGUCAACACGUCGUCUCGCAUGGAGUCCAGCGGAGAAGCGCUGAAGAUUCACGUGUCGGCGGCGACGCGCGACGUCCUGCUGGAGUUCAACUGCUUCCAGCUGGAGCGCCGAGGAGACGUGGAGCUCAAGGGCAAAGGCAAGAUGACCACCUAUUGGCUGCUGGGAGAGAGCGGCAGCCAAUGAGGAGACAGAUGAGACCAGGGCAAGAUGACCACCUAUUGGCUGCUGGGAGAGAGCGGCAGCCAAUGAGGAGACAGGAAAGGAAACCUCCGACGUCUCCAACCCAAAUACAACAAGCUGUGAAUAAACCUCCGUAAUAAAAGAGGGAUUAUAAGUAUCUGUUCACUCGUAUUCUGUAAAGAAGUAUUAAAUGUAUUAUAAACAGAUUUAAUAUCCUGUAAAAUAUUUGAUUUGGCUGAUAAAGACUUCCUGUUUGUAAAGCGUCUAAAAACUAAUUUGUGAACUCGUGUAAAUAUUUUAUAUCACAGAAAGUCGGUUUGAGCUGCGCUUUUUUGUUCUGGUUUACCCACAAUUCAUAGCGGCGGCCAAUAAAAAGCUUGUUUUGUUUUCU